AGGCAGCAGCCCCGGCUCUGGUCCCACUUGCCCUUGGCCCAUCUCUUGCCUGCAGCCAUGGGGAGCCAUCAGGACUUCCGGAGCCUUCAAGCAAAAUUUCAGGCCUCUCAGCCUGAGAAAAGCGAACUCCCCCAAAAAUCCCCAAAGCCUGAAUUCAACAAACUCAAGAAGCCCCCACAACCUGAGUUCAGUGCAGUGCCCAGGAAGCCGCAGCAGCCCGAGUUCACCCAUCUGCCUCCAAAGCCCCCCAAACCUGAGUUCGGUGAACUCUCUAACAAGUUCCCACAGUUAGAGGCCACCCUAUUCCCCAGGAAGCCCUCACAGCCUGAGGCCAGUGAGGUCCCGCAGAAGGCCUCGCAGCCAGAGCCCAGUACACUUGCCUGGAAGCCCCGGAAGCCCGAGCUCAGCAACCCCUCCAAGCUGCCUGCCGAACCCAAAUUCAGUGCAUCCUCCAGGAAGUUCCAACAGCCUGAGCCCAGUGAGGCCACCCUGAAGUCCUGGCAGCCAGAGUUCAGUACCUCUCCCAAGAAGCCCCCACCUCCUGAGUUUUGUGUGCCCCCCAUAAAGCCCUCACAAUCACAGAUCGGUGGCCUCCCUAAGAAGUCCCUUCCACAGCCAGAGUUCAGUGAGGUCCCGAAAACGCCCCCUGGGAAGCCUGAGUCCAGAGAGCCCCAACCCCACCCCCUGAAGCCUGUUGACAGUGCCCUUCCCAAGAAGCCCCGGCAGCCAGAGUUCAACUCGAACCUCAGAAGGCCCCCACUGACUCAGGUCGGUGGCCACCCUAAGUACCUGCCACAGCCUGAGCUCAGUGAGGCCCCUCAGAUGCCCUCCUGGAAGUGCGAGUUAAGUGAACCCCACCCCCAAUCCCCACAGUCUGACUUCGGUGCAUUUCCCAGAAAGAUCCCACAACUUCAGCUGGGUGACCCCCCCCAGAACCCCCCAAAGCCCAAGUCUGGUGACCUUACCAGGACAUGCUCGGAGCCCGAAGUCAGCUUGUUUCCCAAGAAGCUGCAGCCUGAAUUCAAAGCGCUCUCCAAGCAGCGCCCCCAGCCCAAGCUGGGUGGCCUCCCUAGGACAUCCUCGGAGCCCGAGUUCAGUGUGUGCCCUAGGAAGUCUCCACAGUCCAAGUGCCAGGUUGAGCCCAAUUCUUUGCCCAAGAGGCACCCUCAGGCCGAGUUCUUCAAUGACCUCCCUAGAAAGCCCCCACUCCCCGGCUCCGCUUCUGAGAGCUCCCUGCCCUCGGCCACCGCGGGCCCCCGCGCCAGGCUCCCACUCAGCCUGGGGCUCGGAGCCGGGUGCCAGAGGGCAAGCAUGCUCACUCGCAGAAGCGGGUCGAAGCCGGGCCUCACGCCUGGCCGCACGCCCCGGCGGCGACCUCUGCCUCCAGUCAGCAGCCUGGGGCCCGCCCCAGCCAAGCCCCCGCUGCCCCCAGGACCUGUGGACUUCCAGAGCCUAUGGCGUCCAGCAGCCUCAGCCCUGAGGAGAACCCGCUCUGCGGCCGGGACUCUCUCCCAGGCCAGACAGCCCGAAGACGCCCCUGAGAACCCGGAUGAGAUCUAUGAGCUGUACGAUGACGUGGAGCCCACAGAGGACUCCAGACCCAGCCCCAAGAGCAGAGAUGAAGUGUCAUCCACCUGGCAACCCACUAGGAAGUCACAAGAUCCAGAGCUCAGGAAGGAGAAGGCUCCCCAACAACAGCAGUUGACACCUACAGACCAAAAGACCCAGAAGCAGAUCAGAAAGGCUGAGAAAGCGGAGAGGGAGUUCCGGAAGAAGUUCAAGUUUGAGGGGGAGAUCGUGAUUAAGACAAAGAUGAUGAUCGACCCCAACGCCAAGACCCGACGUGGGGGUGGCAAGUACCUUGGGAUUCGGCGUGGGGAGAUCCUGGAGGUGAUCGAGUUCACCAAUGAGCAGGAGAUGCUGUGCCGGGACACCAAGGGCAAGUAUGGCUAUGUGCCCAGAAUGGCUCUACUGCCCCUGGAAACGGAGGUGUAUGAUGACGUUGGCUUCUGGGAUCCUCAGGAGAGUCAACCAUUCCCCAGGGGACAAUGAUAAGGCCUGCAGGUCUGGGGACCUUGACAACCCACCAGCCCAGCCACCCACUUACACAGAACUUUGGAUUCCAGCUUGGCAGUCACAGAAUUAUCCAGUUCUGACCACAUACAUGGACACAUAAAGUUCCUCUUUGACACAAUCCCUGCUUCUUGUCUCUUCUUUUCCCCCCGAUUAGCACACACACUGAAACAGGAUUCUUGACCAGACA